AUGGGCUGUUUUAAAGCACGUGGUAUUCCGAACAUUUACGUAUCACUAAUUUUCAACUCUGUUCUUCUUUGCUGCUGCUACUUGCUAUACACGCUUGACUGGAUGAGACAUACAACGACUUGCGGCCAGUCCGGUAUAAUCGUCUCAUACGUGACAGCUUCAUCGUCCAUCUUUUACGCUAACCAUGGCAAUUGCUACAACCGCGGCCUUCUGCUUGUAUCUCAUCAGUUCUGGACAGAAUCUCCGAUUCUUUUGUAUAGUGGCUAUUAUGCAGAUGUUGCGUAUAUGAGUGUUGUUUGCGGAUACAAUCUGAUAAGUUGCUUCAUAUUUUCGUUUGUAACGAUACUUCUCCUGGACUCAACAUCUACUAUCGGAACCAGCGGGACAAAGAAUCUAUCAGGAGACAGUCCACGGUCUUGUGACAAAAAAAUUCGAUCUACCACUAGUUCCAGCAUUGCAACCAUUUCAUAG